AACUUCAUAAAAAGAACAUUCCAGUUCCUUCCAAAUGAGAUACAAUCAGUUCUCUCAAAAAAAAGUUCUCUAAUAUUAAAAUAUUUGCUCAAUGCCGUAUCCAAGGUCCGUGUCCGAUCCGGAAUCUUCUAACGAAUACGAUUCGGAAGAAGAACGGCUUGUUGAGGCGUUCAAAAGCAAAAACUUCAAAUCAGACUCUUCUAUCAUGAUCUGUCCGAGUAAGGGAAAGGUCACUGCCCAUGGCAUUGUGAGCACUCCCUGUGACACGUACAUUGGAGAACGCAAUCUUAAGGCAGUCCUUGUGCUGCCUGAUUUGAAGGAGCGAACAUCCAUGUCGUCCAUGGAGGGUCUGUACGAACUAUCACAGAGGCUAGCAGUGACAUCACCCAGGCUAUUGUCACGAAAGGUUGUGGAAGACCCAAAGGAAACUCUCGCUCAGGCACAGGAUACAGAAGGGAGCACAGGCCAAGAGAACGAUCAGCAGCAUGAAGAGGUCGAACGCCAGGAGAUGAUCCAAAAACCAGAGGUUAUAGCCCACAAUUUGACUCUCAAACAGCGUCAACGAGUUCCACCAGGGAAGGUUUUCACUCGGCUACCGAUUUACGCCAGCUGUUCCUCAAUCCUACACCGAAAUAAGAAGCGCAACAAGAAGAAGAGCAGGAAGAACAUUUCUAAGGCUAAUUUCGACGCUUAUAUAAGCCGUAAACUCAAGAACCAUUUAGGCAACCAUCCCGCCACCACAGAAGUACGGGCAAAUAAGAAAGAAAUUAAAUUUCUGAACAAGCUUGUGCAAUCCGAUACCUUCAAAGUGAUCCUGCUCCUGGUCCUGAUCUGCGUGCUAUUCAUAAUGUUCUACGACAUAGAGAACUCGGUGGAAGAUGCGUACUUUUCAGCUUCCUGAAAGUGCUUAUUUGAAUAGUUUUUUAUCAAAAGUUUAUUGUUUAGUUAUUCCAGUUUUGCAGACUACACAUUUUACACAACAUUUUUCCCUUCGUACCCUUCUACCAACCCAAAAAAUAGGAGUUCUUCAAAUUAGCCGAUUAGCCAAGAAAAUGUAUUCAUCAAUCGAAUAAAAUUAUAUUUUAAGUUCUGA